CCUUUCAAUUUCAUGCUAUAAAUACUACCUCUCCUCCUCUUGUUUCAGCAUCACAAAAACAUCUUCCGAAUCAACAAAAUCUCUCCCCCCUUCUCAGUCUUUUAAAAUCCUAAGUUACAAUGGGUGUUAUCACUUUGGAAAAUGAGUUUGCUGUUGCUGUCGCCCCAGCCAAGCUUUUCAAGGCAUACUGCCUUGAGACCGACACUCUUUUGCCUAAAAUUCUACCAGAGCACAUUAGGAGCUCUGACAUAAUUGAAGGAAAUGGAGGGCCUGGAACCAUCAGGAAGAUCACUUUUGCUGAAGGCAAAGAACUCAGUUAUGCGAAGCAAAAGAUUGAGGCAAUUGACGAAGAGAACUUGACCUACAGCUUCAGCUUGAUUGAAGCCAAUGUUUGGAAGGAUGCAGUAGAAGCCAAUAAAAAUAAUCUCAACAAUUCCUCUCUUAACUGAUGCAUAAAUAUUAUA